AUGGCCGCCGUUCAACUCUCUUUCGCUCUUCGCACAUCCUCCAGCGUCAAGACCGUCCAUCUCCUCGGUUCAUGGGACAACUACGCCGGGCAACUUCCCCUUUCCAAGGAUAAGACUUCCUCCAAGUCUGGUUCGUGGAAGGGAACAUUCAGAUUCCAGGGUGCUACUCUCCAAGCCGGUCAACGAUACUGGUACUACUACAUCAUCGAUGGGUACCACGUUUCCCACGAUCCUUCCCAGUCAUCCACCACCGAGCCCACCACUGGCCGCGUUCUCAACAUCCUUGAUGUCCCAUCCGAGAAGUCUUCAUCCAAGUCAUCUUCCAAGUCAUCGUCCAAGUCAUCCUCAGACAAGGAGCGAUCUUCCAAGCACAGCUCCAGCCGCGAGAAGCACUCUUCUUCCAGCUCCCGCCGUGAGUCCCGCCGCGAUGUCGCCUCAGACAUCCCCAAGGGUCGCCCUCUCUCCGUCUCCCAGAUCAAGUCACCCAAGCCAGUUGCACCACACGCCACCAAGUACAUCUUGGAAGCCGACUACAGUGCACCAACUGUUGAGGAGCUCACCUCCCGCUUCAGCGCUGCCACCAUCGACGAGUACGACUACCAGCUCUCCAGCUCGCCACCAUCCUCCGUUGGCUCCAGCCUUUCCAGCCGCUCCGACAGCGACUCCGCCAGCUCCCUCAGCGGAUACAGCUCCCCAGCUUCGUCCGUCGGUGACUGCACCUGUGAGCGCUACGGCAUCACCCGCUCCGGUGACCGCGUCAAGUUGGACUGUGGUGGUUCCCGCUGUGCCUACAGUGAGGACUCCGACUCUUGCUGCUCCUCCGAUGACGAGUACGUCCCAACCUCUUCCCGCCGCCACGGCUUGGUCGUUCGACGGUGA